AUGGACUUGGCGGAGACCAUCAGCCACAUGCGUCAUGUGCGGGUGCUAAUUGAAGUGGCAACAGAUCCUUUCCAUAACCAGGAGAAGGAGCAGGACCUGCUGGCAACCCAUUUGCUGUCCUUUUGCCUGCGACAGGGAAUGCUCAAUGUGAUGUUAUAUUUUCAGCAGUGGAUGCGAGCUCUACAGCUGUACAGCUACGAAGCCUUUCCGGAGUUUAAGCUUUUGAAGCAAAGUUUCAAGAAACAGAUACACUUGUAUUCCAGAAAAUUGGACAAUUUGCGAGGAUAUGCAUUGCGUGUUAUGCCCGAUAAAUCGGAGCCCAAUACAAUACUUUAUAGAGAUGGUCAAGGCCAAUUGAGGGUCACUGGCUAUCUCUGGAAAUUUAUUGCUACCUUUGCAAAAAAGCACAGAGCACAACUGCAGCUAAUUGGGGACCCACGGCGCCUAGAUAGUUCCAUUAAUCAUCUGCAAAUGCUCAACUAUAUACGCAGUAAUAUGGCGGACGUUGGCUUGACCACACAAUCUAUACCGGAGAAACAUAUGCAAUGGUAUUAUUUCUACUCCUAUCCCAUGUCCUUCGGCAGUUGGUGUGUGAUGCUGCCGCUGGAACGUCCUGUAAGUGUGCGUGCUGUGAUGGGGCGAGUGCUUCGAGCGGAAGCUCUGGCGGUACUGUUGCUGUGUGUGAUCCUUUUGGUGUCAGUGCCUCUCCUGCUACGUUGGUUGCGGCAAAGACCACGGUUCUUAACGCCCCUCUGCGCCCUGGCCAUGCUAGUGCUCUGCGCCAGCCAGGCGCAAAUUUUAUCGCUCCUGAUAGCGCGUCCAGCCAGCGACAGCAUCAAUAGCUUUGAUGCCCUUCUGGCCUCGGAUUUGCGGAUCUUUGGACUCCGCGCCGAAUUCGACUACAUGGAUGGGGCCUUUCGAGCCAAAUACGCAAGAGCCUUUCAUCUCACUAGCAACUGGUCGGAGUUUCAUGCGAUGAGGCGCACAUUUAAUGAGAGCUACGCCUACUCCAUAACAACGAUGAAGUGGGAGGUGAUGGCCACACAGCAGCGACACUUCGCCCGCGCCCUCUUCCGCUACUCCAAAGACCUCUGCUUCAACGAUUUUAUACCUUUUCGCCUGCUAGUGCCCGAGCAGACAGUCUUCAGGAAGGCACUCAAGCAUUUCAUUCUAGAGACCCAUCAAUCUGGAUUACUGGACUUCUGGGUACGUCACAGCUUUUACGAUAUGGUCAAGGCAGAUCGCAUUACCAUUAGGGAUUACAGUGAGAAAAAGAAAUUGGAAAGGCUGCAGCUGAAGGACUACCAGGAUAUUCUGCUAUGGUUCUUGGGCGGCCUGCUUUUGGCCAUACUGGCAUUCGUUGUCGAGCUUCUGGGCUUCUAUGUGAAGCGCUACCUGAAUUAUUUGUAG